GCGGAUUCCACCCUCUCUCCCCUCUCGUCUAAUUGAAAAGAUUUUGAUCGUACCCUUUUGAUUUGAAGGUGAAAUCCAUUUGACGAAUCGGAGCUCCAGUAACCUCUCCGGAGCUGUUCGUCACCUAAAUCUCUUCCUUAUUUUUCGUGUUCGUGUUCGUGAUUGUUCAUUCACCUUCUCAGCUCCUACGUUUUCUUGCACAAUCUUCCUCAAUUUUGGAUUAAAGGCAUUAGCUUUGGAGAUUUUGGGGGUUUUUUUUCAUACGGAGAUUUUGCGAAUUAUAGGGUUUCAGAUUGGGGUGGUUACUUUGGAGAUUCAGUGUUGGGCUCUGUAAUGGAAUAAUGGAGAAUUAACAAACACUGGGUUCUGGAAAUUUUCUUUUAGGAUAAACAAAGAUUCAGAUUCAGAGGAGACUGUUUUGUUUUUUUUUGUUAAUUGAUGGCUGAGGAGAUAUCUAGCACAGUGAACCUGGAUUUGAACCUUGGUCCUGACCCUGAGUUAGGUCUCGAGCCAGCAAUAAGUUAUGCUAGAUCUGAUUGGGGUAAUGGGUCUGCUGCUGGAGAAUUCGAAAAUUUUAGAAGGUUUAGAAGUCGGUACAGGUCACGUUUCAGAACGAUUGGUAUGCUUUCGGCUCUUGCUGAAACAGAUAGCCCCGCUAUAGAAUUGAGUCAAUUGUUGAUCCCUUCUGCUGCUAAUGGAGCUGAUUUGCCAGCUGGUGAAGGAAGCAUAGCUGGUGGAGAGAGAGUUAGUAGCGAGGAGGACUCGAAAAAGUGUGAGAAUGGGAGCAAAGUCAUGGAAGAAGAGAACGUAACAGAGGAGAAAAGGGAUGUUGAGAAGAGCGUUGGCAGCGAUGGGAGCUUUUUCGAUUGUUACAUAUGUUUGGAUUUGUCCAAGGAUCCAGUUGUCACUAAUUGUGGUCACCUUUACUGUUGGUCUUGCCUUUACCAGUGGCUACAGACUUCAGAGGCAAAGGAAUGUCCGGUUUGCAAAGGUGAGAUAUCUGUGAAAACCGUGACUCCAAUCUAUGGACGUGGGAAACAUGAAAGAGAAUCUGAAGAGGUUUCAAAUACCAAGAUCCCUUCGAGACCACAAGCGCGGCGUGUGGAGAGUUUGAGGAAUACGCUUAACAGGUCAGGUUAUGUACCAACUGAAAUGAUUAGACAUUUACAGGCUAGGCUUGAAAGGGAAUCUAGUACAGGAGAAAGACGCACCAGACCAUUUCUUAACCGGUUUAUGACUUCGAGGGGAGUUAGAGCAGAGCAGAACCAGUCUGGUGAAGCAUUGGUUGCUGCACCAUCAGAUGACAUCAACGAUAUUGAUGUGAUCUCGAACAAUUCCCCUGAACACGAAGUGGAAAACGGAAACCUGAGGUCCUCCCGUGCUUUGUCAAACCGGAGACAGUGGGCACAGAGACCAGCGAGGAUGUCUUCGUUUACUUUGACGGCUGCUGAAAGAUUAGUGGAUGCUUAUUUGAUAACACACGCAAUGAGGAGGAACCAAGAGCAAAGCAUCAAUAAUCCUGUUGGUGGUGUUGAGGACAGGGACUCGUUCUCGAGCAUAAUAGGUGUAAUGAACUCGGAGAGCCAAGUUGAUACAGCAGCUGAGAUAGAUUCAAUGGUGAGUGUUUCGACAUCUUCAUCAGUGAGAAGACAUGAAAACAGUUCAAGGGUCUCAGAUGUCGACAGUGCAGAAUCUCGUCCAUUAAGGAGGAGACGGAGAUUUGCUUAGAAGAUGAAGGAGAAGAAAAGAGGAAGCCUAGGAUGAUCUUUCUUUUUAUUAUUAUUAUUAUUUUUUAUCUGAUUUUGGGAUUUUGAAGCUUCUUUGGUAUGCUUUAGGGAUAUUAAUAAUUAAACCAAAGAUUAAUAAUAUAGAUAGUUAUACA